GUUUCUCUCCAAACACACGUCGUGAACUCGGCGAGAGCGUCUUCGUGGGCCCAGGUCCCCCGCCGCCGGGGCUAAUGCCUUGUCGAGCAGGUACCUUUCCUCUCAUUUGGUUGGUAUCUUUCGGUGGCCCGCAUCUGUCCUCGCUGCUCGCCUACCCUUUUCUGUCUUGCUUUCGGUGAGUCAAAUACCAGGUUUCUCUGUGCACCUCAUUUCCGUGACCUCGUCUUCAAUCUGCUUCCUGCCCGUCUCUGCCCCUUAAAAGAGCAAAGAGCUGCUGAACCUCUGGAUGCGAUCCCCACGCCCCGAGUGACCAGCCGCGCUGGUGCGGCGACCUGAAACUGGCAUGCUGAGGUUUAUCCUGCCUCAUUCAUUACCUCAGCGCGGCACUUUCUCCACUUUUUCAGAGGCAUAAAUGAUUCCGAAAGGCGAAUAAGGCACGAGGGACCGGCACAGAGAAAUGCUGGUGCACACCCACCUCUGGCCCCUCAUGUCUUCUCCCGGCAGUGGCCCGACGCGUUUGACGUACCCCCUUCGCUCCGUCCGGGAGUGAAGCAGCAGCGAGGCGAAAAUAACUUCCGUUUCUGUAUUUCGCAUUGCAAGAGAGGGAACUCCUUUCUCCACGCUUGCAUUUUUUCAUUGUGCCCGUCCGCGACAUACGCGGCUCGUUUGUCUUCCGCUCGCAGGCCCCAACGACAAUCGAGGCAUGCUCGACUGAUCGUCUGCAUCUGAAAUUCCGCUUCUCGCUUUCGCCGUGUGUUUGAAAAGAAAGGAUACCGUCGAUCAGAGUCUACCAAAACUGCAAAAGCGAGGGCCGACGAGAGGAAGCUUCGACAGGCCUCGUCUAGCGCUGUCUGCAGUUGCGGGGCCCGAUGCCGGUGACAUAAGAGUGUCUUCUUGCCGUUCGUGCUUUUCAGUUCGUCGGUCUGUGACAAUCAGAGAUUUUUCCUGUGCUCUCUCUUCGUCUGGUUCAUCUCCAAAUGACAGCCAAUUUAAGAAAAGGUCGGCGGAGUGGCGUUUCUCUGUGGUUCGGGACACUCCCACCCGUCCGGGGUGGGGAGGGCGGGGAAGGAUGAACAUUCCCUCAGAGAAUACACGAGGAAAUCCAAAGGGUAGGAGAGGGAGAAACAGGGCGGCUUCGUUCUCAUUUUUUCUCUUCUUUCUCUCUUCUGCUUCAGAGUCGGACAGACACAAGAAAGCCAGACACAAACACCCAACAGAGAUGAAGUGGGGACUCGUAGAGAUACUACAGACGCCUCAGCGCCUUCCAGUUGGUUGUCAUCCCACCUGGUUGUCUUCGCUCUCUCUUCUUUUCUUUCCAACUUCUGCCUUCCCGCUUCUCUCGGUGUGUCGGUACACUUGAGUGCAGCCUGCUGAGCGGCGAAACCGUUUCCGCUCGUUCACUAGGUCUCCAUCCCCGACAACCCACUCAAGCAACCGCAGCAUGUAUUUUUGUGGCUUUUCUUUUUCUUCAGUUUGCCCAACCAUUUGAUUUGUCUCUUUUUCUGAGGUUUAUGGAGUUACAUUCGCGGAAUUCCGUUCCUUUCCGUCCUUCGUUUGCCAGCACGCCUCUGGUGCCUCGUCAGCGUCCUGAGCUUUUCCUCUGCCGAUCCCUCAGCAGGGGAGCAGCUGACUUCUCUAGCUUCUGCUUCUUCGUCUCCUCUUCUCGACGACAAAGAUGUUCGUCUGCUGUGAUGGCAGAGGAGAAACGCAGGUGGAGAGAAGGCGAGUAAGAAGUAAGCGCCUGCGGAGGAAAACGGGGAGAACGAACGCGUUGGACACCACGCGCUCCAAGAUGUUUGAGUCGUUCUUCCCCAAGAAACGACAAAGGGGGAAACGGAAAAGGAGAAACUUUCCGCCAGGGGCGCGCGCGAUGAGUAUCACCAGAGCCCGCUUCACUCGUUUUUUCCCCACACCUCUCCGCCUGGCUUGCCUCGCCAGAAAAGAAGAGACUCGCGGAGGGAACCGCCGAACAAGGACUGGAAGGAACAGCGGGAAUCAGAGAGACAGAAGCGGAAAGGGGGACAGACGUCUUUAUGAAGCACUCGACAGAGGAGAGACAGUGUGCGACCGGGCCGUGAGAUGGAAGGGGCAUGGAAGGAAGAGGAAUAAAAUUUAUGGGAGCGAGAACAUGCAUGACAACAUGGUCGCAGGAGGGGGCAUCGAAAGUACUCCAGAGUUUCGUUUCGCUUGGGAGAAACAAUGUAUGAGACCAGCUCGACGGCCUUCCUCCGAGACCACUAGAAAGCAGUCGAGGAACGUCUCGGCCGCACCGGGCAGUCCGAAGGCGCCUAGCAUGUUCGAUCUUUUGUCCCAGCCAGUCGAUGCGGCAUCUCGCCUAAGAGGCCGCAUGCAGUUGCGGCACAGCUUCGGUGAUUCUCCGGCUUCCUUGGCCGCGGCUCCGGGGUUGCAACGGACGAUUAGGGAAGACGUCGGCGCAGGGCAGGGCCGUCGUUCACUGCAUGGAGACAAGAACGAACGGUCAUGCGGCACAACCCACUUCCGGUAUCGGACAGGGUCACACAUUCCUGAACUUUCGUCACGUCGCUCCGCUGCGUCCUUCUUGCUUUCAUGCCUUUCCUCCUCUCAGACUAAUCCCGGCAGCCGGCAGUGGAGUCCCCUCCGAGAUGCUGGUUUGCGGGGCAGAGUGUCGUUUGUUCUUUCUUCCUGUGUCUCACAGGUUUGCUUCCGCCCCCCCUUUGCCUUCGCCUUUCUUUUUUCUUCCGCACAUAAUCGUCUUGACUCGCGUAUCUCGCCCUGCACAUCUUCGUUUGCCUCCCCUUGCUACAUGUCUUCAUCUGCGUCCGCCUGUUUCUCUCCUGUUUCGCCGCCCCCCGGCUCUGUUCCGCUGUUGCCCUGUCGCGUCCCUGUCGCUCUGCGCCUUCCCCCUCGCUUUCUUGCUCUCUGCGACGCGUCGGUCUCGUCUUCAGCUUGUUUUGUAGCACCUUUUCUCUCGCCUAGUCGUUCUCCCCCGCUUCCUGCCCCUCUUCCCCCGCCUACUUUCCACUUGCCCGAUCGAGAUCAGGACCCUCGCAAACGGGAGGAAGAGAAACAGAGCGACACCUACGAUAUUGCCCCGCUGGCGGCUGCCUCUGCGCCCGAUAAGAGAGAAGCAGAUAGCAUGUCUUCAGAAGAGGCGCGCAGCAGUCUAGGCGAAUCUCCUGCUGGGUCCUCAGCCAAUUUUCCUUCUUCGAAGCCGGUGGCUUCUGCCUGGCGCUACUCUCCGUCCCUCCCUUCGGUGGCCAGGUCGUCUUCCCUCUUCGAGCGGCUGUCUGUUCCUCCUCUCUUGCCUAGACGGGAGUCAUCUCGUGUACGGAGUGGCGGCGAAGGAACAGGAGCCGACAAAGACUGCGAGUCGCGUGACGGGUUCGCAGGCCAAGACCUCCUUUCCUCUAUUAAUCUACCUGUCGAUUUGAAGAGGCUCCCCAGUCAUCUGCUGCCUCAACUUUGCGAAGAAAUCCGGCAGGAAAUUCUGCGGGUCGUUUCUCAAUUGGGUGGCCACCUCGCAUCUUCUCUCGGAAUGGUAGAGGUGAUUGUAGCUCUUCUGCGCGUCCUCGACGUUCCUUCCGACCGGCUCGUCUACGAUGUGUCACACCAGGCCUACCCUCACAAGAUUCUCACGGGGCGGCGGCAUAUGAUGGGGACGCUGAGGCAGUUCGGAGGCCUCUCGGGCUUCUGCAAGAGAGCAGAGUCAAUCUAUGAUCCUUUUGGCGCGGGCCACUCAUCAACGUCAAUCAGUAGCGUCCAGGGCAUGGCAGUCGCUCGUGAACUUCUUGGACAAUACAAGGAGAGAGGAGACAUGCCGCUUCACGUCGCCGUCAUCGGAGACGGAGGCUUGACUGGAGGCAUGGCGUACGAGGCAUUGAAUGCAUGCGGCUAUUUGAAAUCGAAGGUUUUGGUUAUCCUCAACGACAACCAGCAAGUUUCUCUCCCGACCGGGACGGCUUCAGCAGGUGGGACUGCGCCUGCGGGCGCUGUUUCGCGCCACACACAACAGCUGCUGCAACUGAGAGACUUCUUGUCUCUGAAGAGUUUAUUCCGGAAGAGGAUGCACAACACUUUGCUUUCCUCUAACGUACGGCGGCUCUCGUCCCUGCUGCAGCUCUUCGAUGGCAGACAGGUGAACGGCAGCUUCCGGGAGGACCAAGGAAGCGCGACUGAGAUGCAGCUGACACGCGAAGCAGACGACGUUGGUGUACCGCGGAGCCGAGAAGCAGAAGACGCUGACGAACGCAAGAGUGAGAGAGGUCGAGGGAAAACCGAGCAGUCGGAAGGCGAUGUGGCGCGGGAAAUGGACGCAGACGAAGAGGAAAGCGACCAACCCAAGUCGCACAUCGAAGCAUCAUUCUUCGAGGCCCUGGGACUCGAUUAUCUUGGACCUGUAGAUGGCCACGACGUUGAGAACCUUGUCGCGGUCCUCUCCGCAAUCAAACACGCCGGCCUCAAGGGUCCGACGCUUCUGCAUGUGAAGACCGAGAAAGGCCACGGCUAUCCUCCAGCCUUGGCGGCGGCGGAUCGGCUCCAUGGCGUUUCUGCUGGGUUCUCGGAUCACCUCGACAGACACAGAGUUAAGCGUGAGGUUAGCGAAACGCAGGCAUCUUCUGUAUCUUCAUCAACGUCUGGUCUAUCUCUCUCUGCGUCGACCUCGUCUUCGGCGCCGGCAGUGUCGAAGAAACACACUAGCAGCACUUCUGAAGAAGCCCCAUCUGGCCAACAAAGACUGGAUCCACCAAAAAAGAGUCCGUUCUUGACUUCCAUCGCAGCCCGCGCGCUUCUUCGGAUUGCCGAAGACGACCGAAACGUCGUGGGCAUCACUGCGGCCAUGCCUGGAGGAACGGGUCUGCACUUGCUCGGCUCUCGGUUCCCAGAAAGGAUGUUCGACGUUGGAAUUGCGGAGCAGCACGCAGUCACUUUCGCCGCCGGAAUGGCUGCCGAGGGCCUGAAACCUUUCUGCGCAAUAUAUAGCACCUUCCUCCAGCGAGCCUACGACCAGAUCAUCCACGAUGCGGCGCUACAAAACCUGCCAGUUAGAUUCAUGAUUGAUCGCGCCGGCUACGUCGGUCCUGAUGGUAGCACGCAUCAAGGAAGUUUCGAUCUCGCCUACCUAGGUUGUAUUCCUAACCUUGUCGUCAUGGCCCCCAGCGACGAGCUUGAGCUGCUCCAUAUGGUCGAGACUGCAUAUCGUUAUGACGCCGGACCUUCCGCAGUGCGAUACGGCAGAGCACCUGCCUACGGUGUAGAUACCCUUAACAACUUCCUUGGGCAUUCCGUUGCUGGGGAGUUGCCGGAGCGAGGCGAAGCAUUGGAAAUCGGCAAAGGGCGCAUUGUGAGAGAGGCAGACCCUGCAGCUAGACACAAAGUGGCCAUACUAUCUCUUGGAACACGCCUUCUUGACGCUGUUCGCGCUGCUCAUAUUCUUGAGAAAGGUGUUUCAUCUCUCUCCGAUUCGCCUCUUCCUUGUAACGGGGAGCGACAGGACACGGUAUCAUCUGACCGGCCUGCGCUGUCGGCAAAGGAAGACCAACGCGACAGGGCAGAAUACAAAAGCAACCGUGCAGGCAGCAGGGGAUAUUCUGGAGAGGAUGGAUCCAUCGCACAAAAAGAAGUUGGAGUCACCGUCGCAGACGCAAGGUUCCUCGCUCCCCUUGAUCGCAACCUACUUCGCUCCCUCGCUAAAAAUCACGAGGUUCUUCUUGUUGUCGAGGAAGGAUCCAUCGGAGGUUUUGGCUCGCACGUUCUACAGGCCUUGUCUGAUGAAGGACUCCUCGACUCCGGAAAACUCAAGGUUCGAUCGCUAACAAUGCCCCACCGAUUCAUGGAAGCUGGGACGCCUCAGCAGCAGUACGAGGACGCCGGGCUAACUGCAAACCAUUUUGUGGCAGCCGUUCGUUCCGUUUGUUUUCCUUUGUCGUCUUUAUCUCCCUCUUCUGGCUUUUCGGCUUCCUCCCCGUGAUGAAAGAUAUUUGGUCAGUGGGUGGGUUGCGAGUUUUUCCAGGACGAUUUGCUGUUGUAUUAUAACGAAGGGAUGUCGGUAUGCCUUGGCACGAGUCGUCGAGAUGUUUGUGAUUCAUUUGUUCAAAUUCACGUGCAUUUCAAUACGCGUUACUCGAAUUAAUUUUUGACAAGCGAAUCUGUUUUAGUUGGUUACACGAGAGCGCGCGACAUUCGUGCACGUUGCCAGGAGUCUAGCUUCAGCUGUCCUCAUACAAUCCUCAUUCGCAAAACGCAGGAACAGAUAAGCUGUGAAGAGUAUUAAACGGUCAACACAGCCUAUCAGUGUUAAAUGGCGUUGGUUUGAACCGGUGCAGUGGCC